AUGUUUGUAGAGUCAGAAAUAGAAGAUUGUAUUAAAAUUUAUCCAUCAACAGAAGAUGUCAAAUUGGCUAUUUACAAUAUUUUGAAUCAGAAAUAUAGAAAUAAAUAUAUCAGCAAGAUGGGAAUUGGUAUUUUUAUAAGUAAAAAUUUUGAUGUGAUAGAAAGAAAAUGUGUAGAAGAUUUCAUUUUGUAUAAAAUACAGUUUAAUAUUUUUUUUUGUAGAUUUUUAAAGGACGAAAUAUUAGAAGGUGUUAUUUCUGAUCAAAAAGACAAUGGAAUUUUUGUAUCUAUACAUUUUUAUGACAAAAUAUAUAUACCAAUAGAAUAUCUUCCUGAUAACUCUGAGAUAACUUAUGUUUAUGAUGAAAAUAAAAACAAAAGUCUUGUUUGGGUUUGGAACUAUAAAAAUAGCAGAUUUUACAUAAAAAGCAAUGAUGUUAUUAAAUACAAAGUUGUAAGAUAUGACGAGAAGCACGGGCGUCUUAUUGCUACUAUUAAAGAUUCCGGUUUAGGGCCGAUUAACUGGUGGAAAUAA